UAGCUGUUCAGUGGCGAUGGAGCGCUGAGUUGUUCCCCGACAGUCCGUGCAUUCACACACACACACACGAUCCUUCUCUUCCUCUCACUGUACUCUCACUAUCUCCUCCAACGCUGCUGGCGCCUCUGGAACGCAAAGUGGUGCAGUGCCUCCCUCGGCGUAUUAUGCCCUUUUCCCCUUUGUAACGGUCUGGUUUCGCUCGGCGGGGCUCCCGGGUCGUAAUCUGGAGUAGUUGAGGUAUUUCAAGAAGUUUCGUUUUUUUUUCUGAAUAAGCUUAAGGCGAUGGAGACUUUACUGGACGAUGUAAAGUGUGAAAAGAGCCAGCGCUAGACUAACUUUUAAAGCCAGAAGACUUAACCAAGAAACAGAGAGAGUGAGAGAGAGAGCGGAAAAACUUGUUUUAAAAAAAAAAAAGACUAAGGAAAGGAGAAGGUGCUUUUCGCCUCCCGUGCAUUCCUCCUUAUAAUGGUGUGAUAAGUGUUUCCCCUUUUCUCGCAACAACUUGGCAAUGUUGUCGCCAAGGUGCGGUGGUGAAUUGACUAGAAGUUUCUCUCCAGUUGGUGACGUAUUCGCUUCUUUAGACUUAACAUUACCUCCUGAGUCCACGAUGGCCGGAGAAAAGAAUAGCUGAUCUUGCAAGGAGAGUCUUCCUUCGCUGGAUUACUUCCGCCGGAAUUCUUUAUUUUAUAGGAAAAUAAAGACAUUUUUCGUUUUCAUUUAACACUCCGGGGGAUAUGACAGCCGCAAAAUAAACAUUCCGUGUCCGACAGUUCACCGCCUAUAAAACACUGGAUUUUAUGUUCUUAGAAAACUAAAGGGAAAACUGGAACCCACGACACCUGACCUGUUUUACGAUUCGCUUUCCUGAUACGAGGUUUAUGAUAAUAAAGAACAAUAAUAUAGAAGAUUACACCCGGAUAGUUAAUUAAAGACUACUCUCCAGUCAACCUUCCUCUGCAUAUUGAUUGACGUAUAUGCGACGAAAGAGCGAUGGAGUGUUGAAAUCGUCAGAGGGGGAAGCCGUGCCGAAUUCACAAAUGCCAAGCGGCACUCGGAAGAAAGCAAAGAAAGCCUAACCAGUGAGACUUCCUUAGCCCCUGGCCUUGCAAGGAUUGCAGAAAGGCGAGGCGGACGUCAUCCUCCAAGGACGGCGCAGAGCAAGGAAGAGAAAUACACGUUCUCCUCGACAGUCCGGACACGCUUUUAGGCCUCCCAGGUAGCCACUUCAAGCAUCCUUGAGGCCCCGAGAACACUAUUCAUCAGGACCCUUGGAGUUAAAAAGGUGUCGACUGUCGCCGAGAGUUGACUCCUGGACUCCUGCUUCAGUGUUGCCAAGACAGGCUUCCAAGAGCUUCAUCCUCUAAAAGCAGCCGCAGCAGUCUUACUGGAUAAGACAGGAAGAUAGGAAAGAGUUUAAACUUUUGUAUCAUUGAAUACAUAGCGCUUAUCUUCGUACAUUUUACAAGAAACUUGACUUUAUCAUAAAGGACAUCAACGUUAAAACUACUGUAGAAAUCCGUUAUAUAAUUUUACAUUCAGAACUCUGUAACACGGAGACUUGAAGAUGUGUUCGAAAAAAUAGAUUGAUCUGAAUUAUAGGAAAUAAUUGUGAAUCAGAAAGAUAAACAAAGUGAUUUAAUUCUCUAAAACCUAACUUGUGGAGUGCUCUAAACAGUCCAUUAAACAAAAAAUUAGAUUUCGAGUGAAGUAAUUGUGCACUACUUUGGGUCUUGUUAUAUUUCUAGGUGUCUAGUAACUGAAAUAAGAUUAAACUAACCAGUUUUUAAAUAAUUCAUAGCGUGCUCAUAAGUAGUAGAUUGUCUCCAUGGAAAAUAGUGCUUUCAUUGGAAAAUUUUAGACAUCUAGCAUUCUGAGUGAUUUGUUUCAUUUUAUUGUGAAAUUUUGUUUGAACCCCCUUUUUAAAUUCUCCUAAUUUCUUUAAAUUCAGUUUAUAUCUUGCGUUUUGACAUUCAACAUACUACCAACCGAUAUAUGUGCCAGUCUGAUCAUCAGUGUCAUCUAAAACACUUUCCCAUCACGCGUUCGUCAUGUCUUUCUUGUUACACUUCAGCAACUAUCUCAUUGGUGGUAAUGUCCCGAUUGAUGAUGGGGUAGACAAACUCAAUCGUAAGUACACGAUCUUAAUUCUAAUCUGUUUGUCCCUCCCCUUAGUAACGAAACAGUUUGCAGGGGACCCCAUUGAGUGCUUUACACCCACCUACUUCACAGAACCUCAAGCGAGGUAUGUCAAUUCGUACUGCUGGACGGCGAGUACAUAUUAUAUCAUACCUACUGAUGAAUCAGCUAGGGAUCAAGUGACUCGGGUUCACUCAGUCUCAUUUGAUGAAGAAGGCUCUUCGUCGGCUAUUCGCGGAGAGCGUAUCAAAGUUAAUUAUUAUCAGUGGGCCCCCAUAAUCCUCCUGGUUGAGGCUGGGUUAUUUUACGUCCCCUUUGCAAUAUGGAACAGCACAGCCAAAAAUUCAGGCAUAAAGGUUGGUCGUUUGUUGAAAAAAGUCUCUGUGAUCUCACAGUACACACCCGGGCACCCAGACCGCGACGCUCUUAUAGCCGAGUUCCUGGACCAGUUUAACACGUUAAUGGGUGUCUCAAAGUGUUGUCCAGGAACCGUCUGUAAGUUUGAUUGCAAUCUGGCAUGUGGCGGGAAUCCUUCAUCAUCUUUGUUUAUUUUAUACAUGAUUGUUAAGAUUAUGUAUGUGUUCAACAUCCUUAUGCAAUAUUUUCUGUUGACUGUGUUCUUAGGGAAAGGUUAUCUCUUCCAUGGUAUAGAAGUAGUGGAGAAGCUCAUCAAUAAGAAGGAGUGGUGGACUUCUCCACGGUUCCCCCUGCAGACACUGUGCCAGGUGUUAGCAGCUCAGCAGGGAUCACUCCGCACUUAUACAUGUCAGUGCGUCCUACCUAUAAAUCUUUUUAAUGAAAAAAUCUUCUCCUUCAUCUGGUUCUUCUUCGCGAUCUUGCUUCCAGUGACAAUCUACAGCGCUCUGAUAUGGGUGUGGCGAACUUUCACUUGCUCACGCAUCGCCUUUGUACAUUACUACCUGUGGCGGACAAGGCGAGUCGGCAAGGAAGACCUCUACAACAACGCCCGCAAGAUGGCCAUUCAGUAUCUUGGAUGGGAUGGCUGUCUGGUUCUUAGGUUGAUCGAGAUGAAUCACGGAGGCACCAUCCUCACCAUUCUCACAGAGCGUCUGUGGGAGUUCUACGAAGGAAUGGAAAGGGCACAACAGGACGGCGGUGAUCCGGAGGCAUUUCUCAGCCAGCGGCCUCCGAUCUUCGCUUGCGGGCCCUUUCCUCCGCAGGGGCCCUCUACCGUCACCCCUACCCCUACAGGAGGGUAUGGAUUCUAUGGGAAGCACUUUCUACCGGGGACUCCUGGGGCAUACCCAGGUUAUAUGUGGAGCCACCAAGAUAUGGCCACACCAGGGUAUUCCAGCUAUCCCAGAAUACGGGGCAAAAUCAGAUCCGACUCGGAGUACGAGCCUUUACUUCUCCCCAACCACUCAGCUGGAACUUAUGAAUCGUGCGUAUGAGGACUGUAUCAUUUUUCUACUGCAGUUUCGCGUACAACGCUGCUGCGCCCCUUUCUUAGGCUAUUCAUAGAUAUAUUAGAUCUUAGGAGUUGGGGAGACAUGAUCUCAAUGUAAAUACUAGACGGAGGGAGGGAGGGAAGACAUUAGAUAAGGCUUUAGGUUGUAUGUACCAGAGGGCUAAUCAGCAGAACUAGCGCACGCUUUCACACUAUACGCAGCUUCAUGUCGAUGUUUGGGGAGGGGUUCCUCGCAAAAUCCAUUAUGAUUUGUCAUUUCGAAGUGGAAAUGAACAGGCGUUAAGAUAAGCAGUGUUUUUUAUCAUUUGCAAGUUUCCAAAGGAAACCGUAAACUCUCCAGCGUACCGUAGUCAAAUUUCAAAUAUUGGUGCUGAUGACAUCUUUGUAAAGAACAUGAGAAGCUUUUUCUAAGCUGUUGCUGCUGUUGUCGCUGCUGCUGUUGUUGUUGUCGCUGUUGCUGUUAUUUUUUUCUUCUUCUUCUUGUAGCCUUUACAUAGGAAUUCUAGUACCUUUUCUGAUGCUACUACGUUGAAUACUAUUUUUGUAUCAAAAAUGACAGUUGCGAUACAGCUUAAUGAGUUUGUGAGUAACCCUGUUGAAACUGUACACAAUCCCCCAACCCCCUUUUUUUCUCCCCUUUCUUCUUACUGUUCUUAAGAUUUAACUUCCCCUUACGACGAGUAAUUAAAGAUUAAGUGUAUCCGGAGUUUUUGUUUCCUGUUAGGCAGUCUUCACACUCGCAGGAUUCUUUCCAAAUGCAAAAAAAAAAUAAAUUAGUAAAAGGUGGAGAAGAGACUUCCGCGAAGGACAGUCUCAUUUGAAUCUGAGAGACUUCAUGAAGAACUUUUUGAGGAACGAGAAUUCUGUUUAUGCACGUGUAACACGCAACUAAUGUCUGUCUUUCGUUGUAAAAACCAGCACUAACUGCUAUACUAUGAGUUCUAAAAUUUACUUUUGAAAUAUGAUCUUUCUAUUAGUGUUUGCUGCUCACCACUUGCUUCUCCACAACGGUUGCAUUUGACUAGCUCUGUUUCCUGCUCACUCACAUGCCUUACAAAACAUAAAGCGUCGAUAACAGGCUUAUAGUCUGAAGUUUCCGUUGUCUGAAAAAAUGCGAAAUAUCAUAUGAGUAUUCUUUUACAUGUACAAGCGUCCAUUCAGUUCGAGUGUCAGUUAGUAUUAAGGAGCCCGCUGAUACCAUGCACACGCUCUCGCUGGUAGAUUCUUACAACAUAAACUUGCAGCAAAUUCCUAUGUUUUUACGAUCAAGUGUCUGUUAGGUAUUAAAGAGCCCAUCAUGCACUCACUCUCGCUGGUAGAUUCUUACAACAUAAACUUGCUGUAAAUUCUUAUAUUUUUACGAUCAACCAACAAACGUGGUCGCAUAUCAAAGUGAUGAAACGAUGUGAAGAUAUGAUGAAAUAAGAAAAUGAGCCUCUAAAACCUUGCAAUAACAAUCGUUACCUAUUUAAGUUCUGGUUUGAUAACGAGUUUAUAUCAAAUUGAAGGUUAUUUUGGCCUCUUUUCCUUUAAGUGCACUUUAUCGCAUUUGAUAGAAUUAAUGUUAUUUAGAAUAUAUAUGCUUUUCUUAGAUAAAAAUCAUUUCGACUUAAUGAAUUUAGAAACCUAGUCGCGUUUGUACAUAAUUUUGAUUAUGGAAAUUAACCUAAUGGGUGCAAUUAUAGUAAUACGAGCAUGAAGUCAACCAUGAAACCAUUUGAUAUAUGACUGUUAAUGCGAUUAUUGCAGAACAAUUAAAAGCUGAAAACUGACAAGGUCCAAGAUUUUGCAGCUGAUGAUGUCUUGUGUGUAUUCGAAUUCCUGAAAAAAAGAGUUAUUGCAAAUCAUUAUUCUGUUGGUAAAAGCUCUGCCAUGAAAAAAGGUAAAGAGAAAGGCGAAUAUAUAACUAUAUAAAUGAAUAACUAAAAAUUGAUCUUUUCUAGAUAGUAGGGCCCAAGAGUUUCAACCAGGCAUGUGUCCACUUUUGCGGAGUGUUCAGUGAAAGCCCGUUGGUGAUUACUGUCAAUAUAAAUAUACACAAAAGACUGUAAAUAUCGUAGAAAUAUUAGUCCGAAAUUUCGACCCCCGUGAACCCUUGGGGUCACAAUCUAGGAAAUAUCCCCAAAAACUGUUCGAGCUUCAAAGCGCUUUACCCAACUACAACGCGACCAUGAAUAUCCAAAACACGAAAUUGGCGGUUUUCAAAAGACUCCAGUCAUCGCUCCCUGUGCCCAUCUCAAACCUAUAUAUAGGAAUGAAUGACAAAACCGUUUAUAUUCUUGAAUCUGCUGACAGAGUUAGUGCACACAGCGGGAUAAAGGACUCCUCUAGUAUGCAACAACAGAAAGAAAAAAUAAUCGAUAAAAAUUGAGCUACUUCAUCUACAUUAGGUCGAAAACCAAUAUCACUAAAAUAAUUUUUCAGCUGACGAUGUCUCGUAUGUAUUCGAUUUCCUGAAAAGAGUUAUAGCGAAUCAUUAUUCUGUUGGUAAGAGCUCUGCCAUGCAAGAAGGUAAAGAGAAAAGCGGUUAAACGGGCUAAUAUAUAAAUAAAUCAUGACAAAAUUCGACAAUCUGUUCUCAACUUCUCUCGGUGAAUAGCUUAGAGAGAAACGUCUUGAUCUGUGAGUAUAUCCUUUCGACUGCUGGUGUCCUUCCUGUUCCUUACGACUUUGAUUACAAUACUGUCGAGUUUCUCUUUAAGCGAGUUCCUGACACAGACGUACUUACCAAUACAUCUCAUGCAGUUUGUCUAUCGGUCACAUUUACCUAAGAUCACUAGCGCAUCUAAACUCUUGCAUCAUUGCAUACACAUAAACCAACUCGUGUGUGUGUGUGUGUGUGUG